UUCGUUCGCCACACCAGUCAGUGUUUCCCGAACUGCUGUCAGUGACAGUUCCACAAUCAUGCGGCGGCGGAUUUUCGAUUAUUGAUUCGUAUUGAUCCGUAACGAAGAGACUCUUUUUUUCCUUUUUUUACUCUGACAACUCUGUCGCGUUGUCUGUUGAGCUUUCUUUUCGUUCGCAUAUUGUUUUUCCAUCAAUUAGGCACAGUGUUCGAGGAAUUUUUCGUCGAUUUUCUGCUCUCGGUGUUACGAGUUACGUUUGUUGUUUUUGUUGUUUUGAAUAAUUGGAGUUAAUAUGGCAUCGAACAGCAGAAUUACUUGGAGGUUGUUGCUCGUCUGCUUUGCGGUGCUGCUUAUAGGCUUCCUGCAGCAUGCUGAAGGCGCGAGAAAGAGGUUCCGCAGACCGACGACUUCCGCACCGUCGAUCUCGAAUGAUCAGGAAGUCUCAGCCAGUGUCAACAGGUUCAAGGUCACGCGAAAUCGUGUCAGCAACAAGAACACGAAGAAUGAGCUGCAACCUGACAAGACGGAUGAUUAUAAGUUGGUGUGUUAUUAUACUAAUUGGUCUCAGUAUCGCACAAAAAUCGGUAAGUUCAUGCCAGAAGACAUUCAACCUGAUCUCUGCACUCACGUUGUCUUUGCCUUCGGAUGGCUGAAAAAGAAUAAAUUGACGAGUUUCGAAUCGAAUGACGAAACGAAGGACGGCAAAAUUGGUCUGUACGAAAGGGUGGUAAAUCUUAAAAAAGCCAAUCCAUCCCUGAAGAUUCUGCUUGCAAUCGGUGGUUGGUCCUUUGGAACGCAGAAGUUCAAGGAUGUGUCCUCGACAAGGUACGCUCGACAAACUUUUAUCUACAGCGCUAUACCAUAUCUACGAGACAGAAACUUUGAUGGUCUUGACAUCGACUGGGAAUAUCCAAAGGGUGGAGAUGAUAAGAAGAACUAUGUUCUGUUGUUGAAAGAGCUCCGGGAGGCUUUCGAAGCGGAGGCUCAGGAGAGGAAGAAACAGCGUCUUUUGUUAACUGCCGCGGUACCAGUUGGACCUGAUAAUGUCAAGAGUGGAUACGACGUGCCCGCUGUUGCCAGUUAUCUAGACUUUAUUAAUCUCAUGGCCUACGACUUCCAUGGUAAAUGGGAGAGAGAAACUGGUCACAAUGCUCCACUGUACGCCUCGUCAUUAGACUCGGAAUGGCAGAAGCAAUUGAGUGUCGACAAUGCGGCCGCAAUGUGGGUUAAACUGGGCGCACCAAAGGAAAAAUUGAUUAUAGGCAUGCCUACAUACGGCCGGUCUUUUACCCUUGCAAAUCCGGCAAACUUUCGCGUACAUUCAACAGCUAGUGGCGGAGGAAAAGCGGGCGAAUAUACCAAGGAAUCGGGUUUCCUCGCGUAUUAUGAGAUCUGCGAAAUGUUACAUAAUGGCGCCGCUUAUGUUUGGGAUGAUGAGAUGAAGGUACCCUAUUUGGUGCAUAAUGAUCAAUGGGUUGGUUUCGAUGAUGAAAAGUCUAUCAGGAAUAAAAUGCACUGGCUGAAAAGCAAAGGUUAUGGAGGUGCGAUGGUGUGGACAGUCGACAUGGAUGACUUUAACGGUACUGUUUGUGGUGGAAAUGUUCGGUAUCCUUUGAUAGGCGCGAUGAGGGAGGAACUCAGAGGUAUUUCGCGAGGCUCCAAUGCCAAAGAUAUCGAUUGGAGCGCAGUUGCCACCACCAUUACGGAAACAAUCGUGAAGAAACCGGAAGCUUACAAGAUUUCUGUUUCGGAAGUUCUUAACAAACCGAAAAAACUUCAGAAGUCUACGACACUUGUCAUUAACACUCCAACUCACGAAAGAGAAGCUCAAACUAUUUGUUACUUGACAAAUUGGUCGCAUAAAAGGCCAGGAAUGGGGCGAUUCAAUCCGGAAGACAUUGAUCCGACCCUCUGCUCUCAUGUGGUAUACGCAUUCGCAACUUUGAAAGAUCAUUUACUUACCGAAGGAAGUGACAAAGAUGCUGAAAUGUACCAACGAUUAAUCGCACUUCGCGACAAGAAUCCAGACAUUAAGAUUUUACUUGCUAUCGGAGGAUGGGCAUUUGGCUCGACGCCUUUCAAGGAACUUACCAGUAACACAUUCCGAAUGAAUCAAUUUGUUUAUGAAGCUAUCGAUUUCUUGCGGGAAUAUAAAUUUGACGGAUUGGAUGUUGACUGGGAAUAUCCAAGAGGAGCCGACGAUCGGUCAGCUUAUGUUAAUCUUUUAAAGGAGCUCAGAUUGGCUUUCGAGGGUGAAGCAAAGAGCUCCGGUCAACCAAAAUUGAUCUUAUCAGCCGCAGUACCCGCAAGUUUCGAAGCCAUUGCUGCAGGAUAUGAUGUUCCUGAAAUAUCUAAAUAUUUGGAUUUUAUUAAUGUAAUGGCAUAUGAUUUCCACGGUCAAUGGGAGAGACAGGUUGGCCACAACAGUCCGCUAUAUCCUUUAGAAAGUGCUACUAGUUAUCAGAAGAAGCUAACAGUGGAUUACAGUGCACGAGAAUGGGUAAAACAAGGAGCUCCAAAGGAAAAGCUCAUGAUAGGAAUGCCCACGUAUGGUAGAUCCUUUACACUAGUCGACAAAGACAAGUUCGAUAUUGGUGCACCAGCGUCUGGUGGUGGACUAGCUGGAAAUUUCACCAACGAAUCUGGAUUCUUGUCCUAUUACGAGGUCUGUAGCUUCUUAAAUGAAGACAAUACAACUCUAGUAUGGGAUAGUGAACAACAAGUACCAUUUGCAUACAGAGAUGAUCAAUGGGUUGGAUUUGAUGACGAAAGAAGUCUUAUUAAUAAGAUGGCUUGGCUUAAGGAAGAAGGUUUUGGAGGCGUCAUGAUCUGGUCAGUUGAUAUGGACGACUUCAGAGGUUCUUGUGGAGCAGGAAGGUAUCCGCUGAUUAAAGCUAUGAAGAAGGAAUUACAAGACUACAAAGUCAAGCUGGAGUACGAUGGUCCUUAUGAAAGUACUUCGAGGAAUGGAAAAUAUACUACUAAAGAUCCUAAUGAGACGAUUUGUGACGAGGAAGAUAAUCAUAUAUCUUAUCAUGCGGAUAAGAAUGAUUGCACGAUGUACUAUAUGUGCGAGGGCGAGCGCAAACAUCACAUGCCCUGCCCGGUAAAUCUGGUCUUCAACCCCAAUGAAAACGUUUGCGAUUGGCCGGAGAAUGUCGAGGGUUGUUUGCAGCAUACACAGGCGCCACCGGUUUAAAAGCGAGAAACAUAAUAAAAAGUAAAUGAAAUUUGUAAAAUAAAGAAGCAACGAAAGUGUCUAGGGAAAAUAAUAUUAUCAAAAGUAUUCAUUAUAGAAUUCAUAAGUGACGAGACAGAUGUAUUAUCGCGCGUUAAUCAACAGAAUUUUUCCUCUAUUCACGAAUUUCUCUUUCUUUCCAUUAUUAUAUAUCUUACAAGUACCUUAUUUACUUUUAAGAAUCUUUUCCAUUCUCGUCUCUCUUUACUUUCGCCAUUUGUAUAAAGCACAAACGGAAUCACAACAAUUAUGUUUGUAAAUAAAGAUUUCUCUCGAA